AUUCUGAUCUCGGGGCAAAAGUAGGGUAAAGGUAGAUACGAAAUAGAAGCAAAGAAAUUAAAUCUGAAGGAGCCGCAAAUGGAGGGGGUGUUUGGUCUUUUCUUUAAAGAAGAAGUACUUGAAAAUUUAUUUCUAUGCACCGGGCAAUAAAUUGUUUGGUUUAGUAAUUUUCCAGCAGAAAAGAAACUGUGUUUGAGACUUUCAAGGAAAAGCAGCAGCUCAAAAGUUUUCUCAUCUGGUUUAUGAAAACAAGAAUAGCACCGCUAGAAGAUGGAAGAAAAAAGCUUUAUAAAACAUGGGAAUAAGGAUACAACACAUCUACAACUGUGAGUCUGAAUKAAAAAGAAAAUUUGACUAAAGAUCACUAUGGUCCAACUUGCAAAGAUCUGUGUGUUACGGUGUGAUAAUAACUGGGAUGUGCUGGUGAGCCCGACAUAAACUGAAUGUCUUCUUAAUCAAAAAAAUCUWUUCAAAACAACAGAUUGAAGAAUAAAUAAACGAAGAAAGUUAUUUCAGGUGGCUGUGGGGAUAGGAGAUGAGGCGGUGAGAGAUCUUUGGGGGAAAUCCAGGCACAGGUGAAGGAAAACGUGGCGUGAAAAUUGGAAUAUCUGAGUAACCGGARAAGGAUCUGAAGGAGAAAAAAAGCCACCAGAAAGUGAAGGAACAUGGCAGUGAUGAAGGAAAUCCUCCGAUCCAGAAAUCUCUUGCUCGUUGUCCUCAUCCCACUUCUGCUGCUUCCUCUGCCACUCAUAUACCCCAGCAGUGAAGCCUCGUGUGCCUACGUGCUCAUCGUGACCGCCGUGUACUGGGUGUCUGAAGCGGUGCCCCUUGGUGCAGCAGCCUUGGUUCCUGCUUUCCUCUACCCUCUCUUCGGAGUCAUGAAGUCCAGUGAGGUGGCUGCUGAAUAUUUCAAGAACACCACGUUGCUCCUCAUGGGUGUGAUCUGUGUGGCAGCUUCUGUGGARAAGUGGAAUCUCCACAAGCGGAUCGCCCUGCGCAUGGUGAUGAUGGCCGGAGCCAAGCCAGGCAUGCUUCUGCUCUGCUUCAUGUGCUGCACCACGGUGCUCUCCAUGUGGCUUUCCAACACGUCCACCACAGCCAUGGUGAUGCCAAUCGUGGAGGCYGUGCUGCAGGAGCUGGUGAACUCUGAGGAGGAGUGCGAGGCCAUGGCCACCACGGGCAGUGCCAUCGCUGAGGAAAACAAACCAAUAGGUCUCGGGGAAAGGAACGGGCAGCCUUCGCUGGAGCUCAUCUUCAUCAAUGAGGAUGCCACUACUGCUGACUUCAGCUCCUUGAUGCACUCAAAGGUAUUGUCAGAAAGCAUGAACGGGGUGCACAUGAUAGCCAACUCUCUUGGAACAGUGAAUUCCACAAGCAAUGGACAGCAUCUGCCUCAGGCUCAGAUCCUGGUCCUGCCUCCUGAGCCCCCGGAUCUGGACCUGAGCACCAAGUACCGCUACCAGACCAGGCAUGACCACAUGGUCUGCAAAUGCCUCUCCCUCAGCAUCUCCUACGCUGCGACCAUCGGGGGGCUCACAACCAUCAUAGGCACCUCCACCAGCCUCAUCUUCCUGGAGCACUUCAACAACCAAUACCCAAAAGCUGAYGUGGUGAAUUUUGGAACCUGGUUUCUCUUCAGUUUCCCCAUCUCCCUCAUCAUGUUGGUGCUGACUUGGUUCUGGCUGCACUGGCUCUUCUUGGGCUGCAAUUUUAAAGAGACCUGUUCUGUGAGCAAGAAGAAGAAGACCAAACGGGAAGAAAUGUCAGAGAGAAGAAUUCAAGAGGAGUACAAGAAACUGGGAAAUGUGAGCUAUCCUGAGAUGGUGACUGGAUUCUUCUUCAUCCUGAUGACCUUGCUUUGGUUCACUCGUGAGCCUGGCUUUGUACCAGGAUGGUCAUCUUUUUUUGAGAAGAAAGGUUAUCGCACUGAUGCCACCGUCUCUGUAUUUCUUGGUUUCCUCCUUUUCCUGAUUCCAGCAAAAAAACCAUGCUUUGGAAAAAGGAAAACAGGAGAUGRUGAAAAGUCAACAGACAUUAACAGGCUGGAUCCCAUCAUCACCUGGAAAGAUUUCCAGAAGACCAUGCCCUGGGAGAUUGUGGUGUUAGUCGGAGGAGGUUAUGCCUUAGCAGCUGGAUGCAAGACCUCUGGCCUCUCUACAUGGAUUGGACGUCAAAUGCUCUCCCUGAGCAGCCUUCCCUACUGGGCUGUAACCCUGCUGGCUUGCAUUUUGGUGUCCAUGGUGACAGAAUUUGUUAGUAAUCCAGCAACCAUAACCAUCUUUCUGCCUAUUUUAUGCAGYAUGUCAGAAACMCUGCUCAUCAACCCUCUGUACACCCUGAUUCCUGUCACCAUGUGCAUCUCCUUUGCGGUGAUGCUGCCGGUGGGUAACCCUCCCAACGCCAUCGUCUUCAGUUAUGGGCACUGCCAGAUUAAAGAUAUGGUGAAAUCUGGCCUGGGUGUAAAUCUCAUUGGCCUGGCUGUUGUCAUGGUGGCCAUCAACACCUGGGGAAUUCGACUCUUCCAGCUGAACACCUUUCCAGAAUGGGCAGCAGUCAGCAACAUCACAAGGCAAACGUAAUCUUCAAUGGGGAAAAACAAAAAAAAAAAAAAAAAAAAAAAAAAAAAAAAAAAAAAAAAAAAAAAAAAAAAAAAAAAAAAAAAAGAAGCAAAAGUGCAAGACCAAAGCAAGUCAGGACAAAAUAUUGAACCUACAUUUCACACACGAAAGAAAGAAGGAAACUUGUGUAUACAGAGAACCAGGAUCCAUUGAAAACCAUGAUGAAAACACACAGGGAGCUCUUCUGCAGCAGCUUUUCAGUUCUGAAAAUCAGCAUGGGUUAAAAGCUUUGCUCUAUUGUUGUUGUCUCUGGGAUACCAUAACUCAGAAMAAAUCAACUCCUCCAAAUUAUCUGCUUAGAGCUUCUUCCUGUCUUAGAAUAAUUGUGUAGGACUUCUAUGUAGGACUCUAGAGGCAGAAGAAAAGCACACAUACACUGGUGCCCUAAGCAGCAGCAGAGUCAGUCCUACCAUUGAAUGUAGGGUGAGCCUUAUUCUCAAAUCCAGAAGAGUUUUAUAAGCCUAUUUCUUUUGAAGGCAAACUAUUCUUCUUCUUUUGAGGUGACUCAUCACCACCUUUUUUUGGUUGCAAAAACCACUUUUCCACCUAACCCAGAUGAGCUGGACAGAAAUCCAGCUACCACCUACAGCACUUCAAAGGGAUAGCAGAAACUUCCAGAGAGAAGUUUUUUUGGAAGGAGAAUGUGUAUUUUUUUUCCCUCCACAGCACUGGGAUCAAUUUCCAAUAUUGCAAUACUCACAUUCUCUGCUUUGGAAGGAAGUGUUUCAGGAACAGAAAGGUUUUGUUUUUUAUCAAUGCUGCAGUGUGAGUUGUUUCAGCAGGGGAAGCUGUGAGCAGCAAAACCUUAGCACCAACACCCCCACUGCUCUCCUCUCUCUYUGGCUGCUGUUUAGUUGUGCACCCSUGAUUCCCCUGACAGAGAAGGCACAGUCCCAUCCCUGAUGGCACCCAGUGCUGCUCCAUAAGAAGGGAGAGGGCUGAAGUGGAGURGUGCUGGUCUAUCCCCCCACCCCGWGCAUUCACUUGAACAUCACACUCCCUGCUCUCUAGCAGCCCAGAGAACAGGAGACCCAAAUGUAGGAAGCUGUGACACAGAGUAGAUUACUCCCAAGCCAAAAGGCCUCUCUCUUUAUCUCUCAUCAGCAAAGUGAAUGCCCUGCUUUCCUGUCUGGAUCUCUGUGACACUUCUGGUAAAUCUUCUCAUGUAUUAUGUCCUGGUUUUAAUAAUUUUUAAUAAUUUCUUUCAUGUCAAUACAUUGAAGCUGUAUAUUAGGAUGAUUGGAUAACAUGUAAUCAUACUCUUCAGACAUACACUUUAAUGAAUUUUUAUGCUUUCCACUUUUAAUCCAGGCUCUCUAKUUGAUAGUGUGGCUGUUUAUUCUGCAAAAAUAA